AUGAAACUUGAAAGGUAUUGCUUGUCCAAAAUUUAUACCUUAUUCCAAUAUACCUUGAGAUUUAAAAUGCCUGAGACAGAGAUUGACUUAGGGGUUACUGCAGAUAUGCAUGUCCACUUGAGAGAUGGAGCGAUGAUGGAACUAGUGACUCCAACUGUCAGAGAAGGUGGAUUUUCCAUUGCUUACAUCAUGCCUAAUUUGGUCCCACCAAUUACAACCAUAGAUAGAGUCGUUGAAUACAAAAAAGAUUUGCAGAGGCUCUCUCCCAAAACCACCUUCUUGAUGUCAUUCUAUCUUUCCAAGGCAUUGAGCCCGGAAUUAAUCGAUGAGGCAGCCAAGAUCGGAGCAAUUCAAGGUGUCAAGUGUUACCCUGCUGGUGUCACCACCAAUUCCGAUGCUGGAGUUGACCCGAACGAUUUCACACCAUUCUACCCAAUUUUCGAAGCAUUAGAUCGUAAUAAUUUGGUUUUGAACUUGCACGGUGAGAAGCCACCUUCCAAAAAUGAAGAUAUACAUGUGUUGAACGCUGAAUCUAAGUUCUUACCAGCUUUAGAAAAGUUGCAUCGUGACUUCCCAAACCUCAGAAUAAUCUUAGAGCAUUGUACUUCAAAGGAUGCCAUUGAUACCAUUGAGAAAAUCAAUGCCAAUUUGAGAGAUGAUGAACCUGUUAAAGUGGGUGCUACCAUAACUGCCCAUCAUUUGUCCCUUACCAUUGACAACUGGGCUGGAAAUCCAGUCAAUUUCUGUAAGCCAGUUGCAAAGUUGCCUCACGAUAUGCGUGCUUUAGUGGAGGCUGCCACCUCAGGAAAGAGGUACUUCUUCUUUGGGUCUGAUUCAGCUCCCCAUCCUUUGUCUGCCAAGGCUAGGCAUGUGGGUGUAUGUGCUGGUGUUUAUACCCAGUCCCAUGCCUUAUCGUACUUGGCUGAUGUGUUUGAGAAGGUUGAAAGAUUAGACAAUUUGAAGAAGUUUGCCAGUGAUAACGGUAAGUCUUUCUACGGAAUCAAGGAUGAUGAAGUAGUUAACUCUGACAAGUGUGUUUUAGUUAAAAAGCCAACGAAAGUUCCAGAAAUUUUCGGACAGGGUGAACUUACAGUUGUUCCAUUCAGAGCUGGUGAAGAAUUUGCUUGGGGCGUUGAAUGGAGGUAG